CAGACUUUCGUCAGUGUUACAGCUCUUUUAGAAUUUGUCUAGUAGGUUUUCCGGUGUUUGCCGGGAAGCCCUCGUUUUCUGUUUGCGAAAGAAAUUGCAUUUGUAAAGAAAAAGGACGCGUGUUUGUUCGUAACUCGCCGGGCUCGUAGGUAGAAGCUGAGUUUUGUUUUGCUUCCGCCCUGCAAGCCCGGUAGCUGGGAACAAAUUUCGCUUAGCUCCGACUGUGGAUGCUGACGCGCUGCACUCGGGGGCUGGGAGCUAACGCGUGGCUUCCGGGGUUGGCUUGUUGCUUUCUCUCGCUGAGUUUGCGGGAGGAUUGCUUUUGGAAGCUACUUCUGCAGCCCCUGCGGGGCGCCCCAUGGCGUCCGGCCCCGCGCAACCUGCGGCCUUGAGCGCCGAACAAGCUAAGGGCACCUCCUUCCCCCUUCGGCACCCCUAUGCCCCUGGCAUCGGCAUUGCCAGUGGUCCUAGCUGAAGUCAUCCAGGCUUUCGCGGCCCCGGAGAACGCGGUGCGCAUGGAGGAGGCUCGAGACAAUGCUUGCAACGACAUGGGCAAGAUGCUGCAGUUCGUGCUCCCGGUGGCCACGCAGAUCCAGCAGGAGGUCCUCAAAGCCUACGGCUUCAGCUGCGACGGGGAAGGGGUCCUGAAGUUUGCCCGCCUGGUGAAGUCGUAUGAGGCCCAGGAUCCUGAGAUUGCCAGCUUAUCCGGAAAGCUGAAGGCCUUGUUUCUGCCGCCCAUGACUCUGCCCCCACAUGGGCCUGGAUUAGGGGGCAGCGUGGCAGCCUCUUGAGGGAGAACCUGUGUUAGGGAGAUGUGCCAGUCAUCCUGGAGCUCUUGUACCUGCAGCUGUCCCCAGAGGAGAAUAAACAUUGCUGUUUCUUGGACUGGCAAUUUCUUGGGCUUGCCCACUUCCAUGGUUUCUACAUUUUACAAACAAACAAAAAAAAACCCAACCAAACUGUCCAAAUGAUCUGACUUUCUCCCUGUUCAAUCCCUAUUCCCCAGCACAUAUUAAAUUCAAUUCAGUAUUCAAA